CUCUUGCUGAAAACUCUGCAAAUUGUACAAAUGGACCGAUUCGAGUGGACAAAUGAUGCUUUAAUGCCUCGAGAGGCUCUUGUAAAACAACAACACGGCGUUCGUUUGUACGAUGGGAAUCAGAAGACCCAGUUUGACCAUGGGAUAGCUGUGUUGACAACUCACAGGUUGAUGUGGAAAGACAUGCAGGGAAGGGGAGUGCUAGCUUUUCAUCUGUCACUGGUCAUAUAUGUCGAGAAGUUUCCAGAUCCUAAGGGAAAGGGGAUGGUAGUGGUUCACCUCAAUGCAGCCCCGCCCAAUAAAAACCCUGGUCCCGUUAUGAGCAGUCAAAACACAUACAUCAAACUUGGAUGCAAAGAGGGAGGAGAGGAACAGUUUUUUGCAUGCUUGACUGAACAGCUAUCGAGGAAGUUGUGGCAGUUUGUGCCCGCAUCACAGCAAGCCAAACCAACAGCACAGCCUCGCUCUAUUCACAAGGGGAUUGUUGGAAUUGAGAGGAAAUUGGAAGAGAAAAGAAAGGAGACAGAUACAAAUAUUGACAAGGCAUUUGAAGAUUUGGGCGAGCUUAUGAAGAAGGCCAAAGAUAUGGUAGACUUGACCAAGACGAUUGCUAACAAGAUCAAGGAUAAACAAGGAGAAAUCACUGAAGAUGAGACGGUGAAGUUCAAGUCUUAUCUGCUCAGCCUUGGUAUAGCCAACCCUGUCACAAGAGAAACCCAUGGUUCAGGCCUCAAGUACCAUGAAGAACUCGCUAAACAACUCUCAGAGGCUUUAAUAGCACCUGUAGAGGAAAGUGGAGGAAUGAUGGCCAUUACAGAUGUAUAUUGUAGAAUAAAUAGAGCAAGGGGUAUGGAGCUGCUUUCCCCUGAUGACUUGAUAGAUGCAUGCCAGCAGUUUGAGAGACUACGACUCCCACUCAGGUUACGUAGAUUUACAAGUGGAGUUCUAGUCCUUGAAUCCUUAUCUAAGGGUGAAGAGGCAGCAAUCGAACAGACGGCUGAACUGAUUGUGGAGAAGGCAUCUCUAAGUGCUGAUGAGCUAGCCCAGAUAGCAGGAGUCUCUGUCAUGCUUGCUAAGGGCAGGUUACUGGCAGCCGAGGAGGUGGGGAAGGCAUGUCGUGAUGAAUCUGUGGAGGGACUUCGAUUCUUUCCUAAUCUUUUCCUCAAUCCCCCUUCGAGAUAAUGGAAGGUUCCUUUCCUUUGUAUUUAUGUAAUAUAGAGAUAUUAUUUUGUAUAGAAAAAAAUGUUAAUGGACCCAUUUUCUAAAAAAAUUGAGGGUUCAGUUACACAAAG